GUUGCUUUGUACAUUACAUAUAAUAGCAUCACUAGAUAAUUGCUGUCUCUGCAUCAGUGGCCUGGCAGGUACUCGGAGGGUUAAGCAGUAGCCUGGUACAUAUGAAAGCUAGGCAUUGCUUGUUACUGCUGGGAAUACAUCCUAGCAAAUCACUCCAGCCUUUCUUCCUCAAUAAUAGAAAGAGCAGCUGACGGGAGGUGGAGGAGCGUGAGGGAAGGGGAGAGGCAUCUUUGUUAGACAUCAGUCCAUCCAUCAGACCUGCCAGAGACGUCAAAAUCAAAUUAAGAGUUGCACGCAGGGACAGCAGGCGCUGAGGGUCUAGAAUCCUCUGUGAGCCCUGGGCUGCUAGAGAACGUCCAGGAGAUCCAGCCUUCCUAUGCAUUGACAGCCGCUGAGGAUGAGAGAACUGAUGCCUGCCCUGGUGUUCCCUUACACUGACAACCAGGAGGACACAAAGACACUUUUCCUACUUUGGAGACUUUGCUGUCAAUUCUUCCACAACUCUAAAACAUGCCACGAAAGAACCUCAAUGGCCAGUACAACUCCAAUGCAUUGCUGAGUCCACCUAGGUACAACUGCUGGCUGCUGAUAAAGUUGAUGGGGCUUCUGAUCUUCAUGAAUGUCACCGUCUCUUGUCCCUUGAACUGCUACUGCCAGAGCAAUACUGGUCUUGUUCAGUGCCACUUCCCAUCUCCGCAAGAGGUCUUAGUGGAUAUCCCUUACUGGGUCCAGAACCUGUCACUGACUGGCAGCAACAUCACUUUCCUCCAAGCCUCCAUCUUCAGGAGCAAUGGAACAAACCUGAGCAACUUGUCCACUCUCAUACUCACCAAUAACAACAUAGAAGCCAUAGAUCCAGAUGCCUUCCUCCAGAUGCCCAGUCUCACCACCCUAGACUUGAGCUUCAACUGCCUGCACUCAAUACCUAAUGCCACAUUCAUGGGAUUAUCUCAGCUCCAAGUUUUAAAGUUGAACUGUGCCCUCGGAGAACCAGCUCAGAGAGAACUGCUGCUUAACUCCCAGUGGGCAGAAAGCUUGAGGAGCCUGAGAACAUUGGAGAUCACUGGCAAUGAACUACCAUCGUUUCCCAGCACCGUGCUCAAUAUCGAGAGCUUGCAAACAAUCCACAUUGGAAAUAAUUCCAUUGAAAGAGUCGAUGUAGAGACUAUUUCUGCUCUGAGGGUAAAGAAAGUCCAUGUUUAUCUAAGUCCAAACCCCAUAGUCUGUGACUGUGACAUAAGGGCCAUGCUUUUGUGGCUCAGAAAUACUUCUCAGACUUUGGACGCACACAUCCUCCAGUGCUCCACUCCACCAAACUUAAACGGCACCCUGGUCGCCCACCUCCAGAGCGACAACCUGAAGUGCAUUAAUGAGGACCUGGAGACGGCAUCCUACGUCUUCUUUGGGAUUGUGUUGGCUCUGAUCGGAGUCAUAUUCCUCAUGGUCCUGUACUUGAACCGACGAGGCAUCAAGAGGUGGCUGAAUAACUUCAGGGAAGCCUGUAGGGACCAGAUGGAGGGGUAUCACUACCGGUAUGAGCAGGACUCAGAUCCCAGAAGAUCCAACGCUUCAACUGGGAUAUAAAGUCCACACACCAGCCUAGUAGUCCUGCCUGGCAAACACUGUAAUACAGAAUGAGACUGCUUUCUAAUGCUUCAGAUACAAAAGGAAUAUAAGUCAUAAUGUGUCAUAUAGUACUGUACGUUUACACUGAAUGUAACUCAUUUACCCCUUGCAUACUAGAACUGGUGAGUACAGUCAUCUGGUGUAGAGGAGGCUUCUCACUGAGUACAGUCUGUGCCAUCUGGAAAUGAAACAGUUAAACUUAAGACUUUCUUCUUCUUUUUUUAUUAUUAUGUCCUGUGUGGAAUACACAGUAUAUAUGCUAUAUGUCUCUGUUGAUUGUCCCCUUGUACUUUGGGUCGUCUGCUCUUCUGCCCUGAAGGUACAAAGUGCAAUAGGACAAACUGUUAAUGUACCUGAGGUUCUCCUCCGAUAGCAAUGUAGUAGGGAGGGGGGGGGGG